GCUUACUGUAUACUAGUUAAUCCCCUACACGCUAUUCAGUAUUCAGCCGCUGUCCUAUCACCAUGGCUUGCGCUCGCGCCAUCACCCUCUUCGCGCUCACGCUCCUCCCAGCGGUGCCAUUGACCACGGCCGCCGCCGCCCCCGGCACUGAGUACCGCCGCCCGGCCCCCUCGCCCGGCCACAAGUGCGGGGCGCAGGGCACGUACGCUCCCGGCAGCGCCUACGAAGCCAACCUGCGGCUUCUUGCGGCCGCCAUCCCUGCCGAAGCAAAUGCGUCCGGCUGCAGGUGCUCUCCCGGCAACCACGCCGGCGAACGCCCCGACAACGUCGCCGCUUCGGCCUACUGCUACUGGCGUCCGGACGCCGGCUGGCCAUCGGACUGCGCCGCCUGCAUCGCGCGGGCCUUCGAGGAGGCGCAGCGGCUGUGCCCAUACCACAGGCAGGCCAUGGUCGUGGUUGACGGCGGCGAGUGCAGCGUCAGCUUCCACGACGUCCAGCAGAGGGAGCAGAGCAUGGGCCUUGGCAGCGCCGGGGAAUCUGUAGCCGCAGAUGGGGAUCAUGCAUCAUAUCUUGACUUGCUCCAAUACAUGAAUAAGGAACUGGCACGCUAUAUGUCGGAGGACGAACUGAUGGAGUUCAAGAACUUUACAGAGCGUGCUACUCAAGCUUCGAAGUCACCAGAAUGUCUCACUAUGCAAAGGAUCUAUCUAUGACAAUUAUGGUUUCAGUUGCUGCUCUCAAUUUGCAAUCAUGUAAACGGUUUGGUCCAUGUAAUAAGAUGCGACUAUGCAAAUUCACAAAAUCCGUCGAUGUAAUAUGUAUUUUUUGGUAUGUAAAAGUUCACAAUUUGACUCUUGA